CCUGCCGGGAGAGACAACGCCAUUUUCAGAUGCGUUUGCGCUGAGAUCCGAGUGUUUUGGCAAACUGUCGUCCUGCAAUAGUGAUAAUGUGACUAUUCAUCUGUUGUUUCUGCAUUGCGCUUUGAUUUGCUCUCCUGCUGUCAGUGGCAGGAACUUCCGGCGAGGAGACCGGAGAAAGGACGCACUCACACACAACCGGCCCGGCUGCCCGAUUCCAGCCUAAAAUCCUCGCAAUAAGUCCGCGGAACAUUAUAUUGACUUCGGGUUUCGUGGUGGGACACGGAGAAACAAACCUUGUUACGGUAGAGUGUGACCUGGAUGUUCCGCAGAACGGAUGCGUGAGGACAUGUCGAGCAUGGUGUGUGUGAAGGAGACGGAGGACCAGGGGGACACCGGUGAGAAGUUAUCUCAGGAUGAGCUCCUGUGUCGGACCCGGGAGGUAAUGCAGGGACUGGAGGCGCUCCGUGCUGAGCAUCAGGCCAUCUUGGAUGGGCUGAUGGGGACCUUGCACUGCCUCAAACAGAGCCAGGAGGGUCGUGCUGUGGAGAAGACGACCAUGAUCCAACGCUCACUGGAGAUGUUGGAGCUGGGCCUUAGCGAAGCACAGGUGAUGAUGGCUCUCUCAGGGCACCUGAGCACAGUGGAGGCAGAGAAACAGAAACUUCGAGCACAGGUGCGGAGACUGUGUCAGGAGAACCAGUGGCUGAGGGACGAGCUGGCAGGAACCCAGCAGCGGCUGCAGAAGAGUGAGCAGAGUGUGGCCCAGCUGGAGGAAGAGAAAAAACAUCUGGAGUUCAUGAACCAGCUCAAGAAAUAUGAUCAGGACCUCAGCCCAUCAGAUGAUAAGGACUCCGAUACCAGUAGGGAGACACUAGAUGAUCUUUUCCCAGAUGAGCAGGAUGAGCCGGGCCCUGGCAUCCAGCCUCCUCACAGCAGUGCAGCAGCAGCAGCGCAGCAGGGUGGGUACGAGAUCCCUGCUCGUCUCAGAACCCUUCACAACCUGGUGAUCCAGUAUGCCUCACAGGGAAGGUAUGAAGUGGCCGUGCCUCUGUGCAAACAGGCUCUGGAGGAUCUGGAGAAAACCUCUGGACAUGACCAUCCUGAUGUAGCCACCAUGCUCAACAUUCUCGCCCUCGUUUACAGGGACCAGAAUAAAUACAAAGAUGCAGCAAACCUCCUUAACGAUGCACUGGCCAUCAGAGAGAAGACUCUGGGCAGAGAUCACCCUGCGGUGGCUGCAACACUGAACAACCUGGCCGUUCUUUACGGCAAGCGAGGGAAGUACAAGGAAGCAGAGCCUCUGUGUAAAAGAGCACUGGAAAUCAGAGAAAAGGUGCUGGGAAAGGACCACCCUGAUGUUGCAAAGCAGCUAAAUAAUCUGGCCUUGCUGUGUCAGAAUCAAGGCAAGUAUGAUGAGGUGGAAUACUACUAUCAGAGAGCCCUGGAGAUCUACCAGACCAAACUGGGCCCCGAUGACCCCAACGUGGCCAAGACCAAAAACAACCUGGCUUCAUGCUAUCUGAAGCAGGGGAAGUUUAAGCAGGCAGAGACUCUAUAUAAAGAGAUCCUCACCAGAGCCCACGAGAGGGAGUUUGGCUCUGUUGAUGAUGAGAAUAAACCAAUCUGGAUGCAUGCGGAGGAGAGAGAAGAACAGAGCAAGGGCAAGCAGAAGGAUGGCUCUCCAUUUGGAGAGUAUGGUGGCUGGUACAAGGCCUGCAAAGUUGACAGCCCCACGGUCACAACCACACUGAAGAAUCUUGGAGCUCUCUACAGGCGACAGGGCAAGUUUGAGGCUGCAGAGACUCUGGAGGAAGCUGCUGUGCGCUCCAGAAAACAGGGUCUGGACACAGCACAUAAGCAGCGUGUGGCAGAGGUGCUGGGAGACCCUGAAGUACGAGAGAAGCAGCGGAGCCGUGAGAGCCUCACCUCUGACACGGUCAAGUACGAAAGCGGCCCAGACGGAGGAGAGGAAGUGAGUAUGAGCGUGGAGUGGAACGGGGUGUAACUCCAGAUGCCUUGUUGUGGUUGUAGAACUUACCUUCUGCAUGAUGGACGCCCUCCUCACCCCCUCUCCAGCUUUGCUGUUUUUCGUCUUCUCUCCGAACGGCUCCAUUCCUUCUCCUCCUCCUUCUCUGGGCAUAAGCAGCUAAAACAUUGCUGAACUAAACCUCUCUCCUAUCCUGCAAUACUCUGUAAUAAAUCGUCACUGUAAUAUGUCAUUAGAUGGAGCUUUUCCUGUCUGUCAGUCUCUAUAACUGUCAAAGCCAUAUUCAUUUGUUGCAAAUAAAGGCAAGGUUGUGAGGUAUAAAAGUACAGUGCAUUCACUGGCUCAGUUCCUUGGGAGCUGCCUAAAUAGGCAGCAUAUUAAGGCAUUAUAAGUGAGCUCCUAACACAAAGGCUGAUCUUAAGGCAGCAUGAUUACACUUCCCUUUAAGAUAAGUUAUUUUGGUAAAAUUCUAAGGCAGCAUUACUUGUAUCCUUUGCAGAGAAGGCAAACGCAGAAUGCAAGCUAAGCAAAGGAAAAUCCAUCCAAGGUGGUGGAUGACGUGAGAGAAAUGUCAGUUAUAAAUAUAAUUAAAUGCAGCAAAGAAUCAAUAUAGUUAUUGUUAAAUAGUUAAACGUGCAGACUGACCACGUGCAGCUCAAUAUUUCUUCACACGUGGAUACACGUUAUGCUACUACUACUAUGUUUUCUGCUGUGUACCGUGGUGUUGGAUAAUUUUGAAAUGUAAAUGUUUUUUGGACCAAAAAAGUUUAGGAAAACAUGACCUAGGACCUCAAGAUGGUAUAACAUUAAUAAUGGACUCACAGCCUCGUUUUCAUUUGCGUCAAAUUAAAUAUGGUGUUUCCUCUAAACCAAGGUCUGUAAUGUACAUGUACCAUGCACUCUUCUAUAAAGGGAUAGUUCACACACAAAUUAUAAUUCUCUCAUUAUUUACUCACCCUUAUGCAGUCUCAAAUUCACAAGAGUUUGAUAUGUUCAUAGAUGCAUGAUGUGUUUGCUGUAUGAUGUCUAUAUAAUGUAAGUCAGUGGCGUACAAAUCUUUCAAACACCAAAACACACAUAAAGGCAGCAUAAAGUAAUCCACACAAAUCUCAGUUGGUUUAAUCCAUAUUUAAUCCAUAAGGCGAUACGAUUGGUUUUGGGGUGAGAAUCAGACAUAUUUAUAAGUUCUAUCCAUUUAAACUUGCAUUGUGUGGACAUAUCUUUAUUUGUGUUUCACAGAAGAAAGUAAGUCAUGUGAGUUUGAAACGGCAUAAAUGCGUGAUCAAAUUUACCCUUGCCAUGGUGUAAUCCAUGGCGAGAGCCUUGCCUCAGUGCUUCACUUCUGCUAUUCAACAGCGUCAACAAACUGCAACACUAGGUAACGUUAGCUUAGAGAUGGAAUCCAGCAAACGUCCGGCUCCCAGCUCAACACCAACUCCAACGCAAACUCAAGAGUAAGCCAAAAAAAAUAAUCUUCUGAAUCCCAUCUGGCUAAGCUGGAACGUGAACGUGGUCGAGCGAAAACUAGAGCGAACAUCGGCAGGGCAUUUGAUUCCUGGAGGCAGCUUCGUUCUGUUUUAGAGAUCAAAACCGACCGUGAAUAGACGUUGUUCUUAUUGGACAGGUAAGCUUUCAUAACGGCAAAGCCUCUGAAAUAUAGUGCCAUAAGGAUUGAUCUGUGUAAUUUUAGCUAAACUACAAUAACACGUGAAAUGAAUGCUUGACAUUGUUCAAGAUAAUGCAAAUAUACUCAUUCAUUAGUGUAAUGUAACUUGGUUGUACAGAAAAUAUAUACAAUCUAUUAUUAUUAAACAAUAGCGCAUCGAUAAAUCAAAAUGACAGUUGCAAUAUAAUCACAUCAAUACUGAAUUGUGUCAACAUAUUUAUAAUGUAGAGUCUAUUUUAUAAACAGCUACUCUCAUAAUCUACCAAAUUUAGCUAACAGCUAUUGAUAAAGCUAGCGAGCUAAUGCUAAUCCUGUAAAUGCAGUCAAUGUAUCAUGCAAAGAAAAGUGAUUACUUCAAACUAAAGUCUUGCAUAGUCAGACCUACAGUAUAUCUACACUUUGUUUUAGACCUGUUCCAGCACUGGAGUCAAAUAUAAUAUACAUUCUCAAAGUUUGUAGUAAAACAAUCAUAACUGUGUAAUUUUAAUUAUGCUACCUCAUCUGUCAGCAUGAUCCCGGUGAAUCACGUUCAGUCUCUUUGUAUGUUACAUCAUUGUUUUUGUUGAUGCUCGCUCACGUACCUAUGGAGUGUGUGCACGAGCAACAGGUAGCUGGCUGCAGUUCACUUAAUGGCCACAAGUGUCAUUAAUAACAAGGGUUUCUGAAUCUUACAUACUGCACAUUUAAGGGUAGAAUAUCAUUUUUGGGUGAACUAUCCCUUCACACUUUUUGGACAAGGCCUUGUACAGUUCUGUGUCUUUUGGUUCACAUUGGUUGACCUUAUUGAGUGCUCCCUCAAUGACUGAGGUAUUCACUGAAUGAAGCCAUUUGAACUAUGAUCUGCUCUGUCUGCAAGUGAGCUUUGUAUUGCUAUAUCAGUCACUUCCUGUCCAGUGCAUUAAUGUGGCAUGAUUGUGUUGUUCAGAUUUAUAUAGACCAAAUCACACUUUAUUAAACCAUUUCAUAUUGACCAUUAUUGUGAGACCAUUGUAAGGAGGUAGAGAGUGGAGAUGGACAGAUGAGAAGAAAGAGAGGGAUGACAUGGGAUGAAUAGAUGUAUAGAAUCUGGGGAAUCUGAUGCUCUUCUUUUCAUUAUCCUUCUAACCUGUUCUCUGGUGUGUUACUACAUCUUGUGACUUUCAUAACUUCUAAUAAAACUGACUUUGCUCACCACAGCAUCUGCCUGUUUCCUCUUUCUCUUCAACUAUAUUUGAAUGUGAAUGUGUGUGUGUUGAAAUGUUCAGGUCUUGUAUUGCAGAUUUAUGUGUGUUUGUGUAAGCUGGAUGUAUUGUGGCUAACUUUUUUUUUUAAAACUGCUUGUUGCUUUUAUGGAGGUGAUGAUUUGGAUUUAUCUGGGUCAAUGUUGCAUCUUCUUCCCCUCUUUCCUUCCCUCUACACCUCUAUCAACCCCCACCUCAACCCUUCUCGCUUUUCCGAGCCUCUGGAUGAAUAGCGGGGGUCAGAGGUGAAGGGUUGCAGCAGAAGAGACUGCAGCAGAGCAUGGUAAACAAGAGAAGACUAAAUGUAUUGGGACCUAGAUAAUAUGACAUGGUUCCCACGGUGAUGGAAAACCUGGAAAUAUCAGCCAAUUUUUUAAUUUGUGUUUUUUCAGGCCUAGAAAAUAAAUUAAUAUUAAUCUUAAAUGGUCAUGUAAAAGUAAUGAGAGUUAAUACAAUCUGAAAUGCAAUUGGAAAAGUAAUUUUAAUAGUUAAUUUAUAAAAAAAAAAAAAAAAAAAGUUAUGCUGAGCUCUAAAAUAAAAUGUUAUAUUGUAUUGGCUAGAAAAAAACUGUUUGUAAAAUAAUUCUAAAUAAAAAACAACAAUCAUUAUCCAGUAAUCAUGAACAACUGGAAAAGUCAAGGAAAUUCAUGACAUAAAAGGUGUAGGAUCCCUGAUAUUAGCACUAAAACAUCUUUAAAAACUUCUUGACUUUGAUGAGCUGAAAUCAAUAAUGGGAAAUUGUGGA